CGGCGCUCGCGCAGUCUCCGAAUGUCCCAGCAGCUCCCAACCCGAGAUAAUGGGUUUGGUACAACAUCAAACUCAAGAUUCAAACGGCCACUAUAUAAGGCGCCAGAUGGAGGAGACCCAGAGGCAGACCAACCAAGCAGUGAAGGGAGCGAAGCAUGAGCACCGCAAGCAUGAGGGCCACUGCCCUCCUCGUCGCUCUUGCCACUGCGCUCGCCUCGUGCUGCGGCGCCUCAUCGCCUCACCACGCCUUCCCGCCGGCAGAAGCACCGGCUCAGGCGCCCAAUGCCGAGGCGCCGCUGACGGGGCACCGUGGCCCCGAGCACGGCAAGUGUCACCGCCAUGAGCUGACGCCGGCGGAACCACCGUCCUACCACGGCUCGCCUGACCACAAGCACCAUGGCCAUCGUGGCCACCAUCGCCGUCACCACCAUGACCAUCACGAAGCUCCGCCAAGCCAUUCCCCUGCUCACCACCCUCCACCGCCCCCUCAUCCCCACGCGCCGCCACCACGUUUUACACCCCCUGGUCACCAUGCGCCGCCACCACGUUAUACACCCCCUGGUCACCAUGCACCACCACCCCAUUUCCCACCCCCUAAACAUCAUUCACCGCCACCGCCUCAUUCUCCGCCCCAGGCUCACCUUGCGCCUCCUCCCCCAGCUCACUACACACCACCGCCUCAGCACUCGCCGUCACCCCCAGCACACCACUCGCCACCCCCGCCUCCAUCCCGCUACCCACCGCAUGUCCCAGCACCUCCACCGCACAAGCAUUCGCCGCCACCUUCUCAUGGCAAGGCACCACCACCACAUGGUCACAGGAAAUUCCCGCCGCCAAUGCGAUCACCGCAUUCAGCUAUAGCACCCUCACCCGCUGAUUACAGUGGCAUCCCACCAUCUGAGCAAGGUCCCAAGCUCCCAUAUCAUGCUGCCCCUAGUAACGCGCCUCUAGCAGGUCAAAAUGGAGCAUCACCUCCGUGGUAUGUUUGAUGCUAGAACCAAGAUAUACACAUACACUUGCCUGAGUUGUUAGUAAGAUUGCGGUUGAACUUUGCACAAGAGAUCAAAAGCUCAAUAGCUACUUCAGAGGGCAGCCUUGCUUUUUCAUUAUACUCUGUUCCCAGUAAGAAGAUUACCGAAUCAAUUAUGUACCUCAUUUUGAAGUCAUGUUGUUCUUGGAGUCCUGUAUCAAAAUGUUUCUCUGUGAUCAGUUGGUAUCUAUGUUAUGAGAUCCAUACUUUACAAAUUAUCCAA